AACAUCUCCUAGCAUUUCCACAAUGAGGAAAAGGAAGACAACAGAUUCACCUCAUUCAUACACAGAUCUGAGUGAAGGAGAGGAGAAAUUAAGACUGAAGCAAGAGGUCGGCCUGAUUAGUGGAGUGUCAUUAAUUGCAGGCACUAUGAUAGGCUCAGGAAUCUUUAUGUCCCCUGAGUGGGUGCUACAUCACAUGGGGAGCCCGGCCAGCAGCCUGCUCAUCUGGGCAGCCUGUGGUCUCCUGGCCAUGUUUGGAGCCCUGUCGUACGCUGAGCUUGGAACCAUAAUUAAAGAAUCUGGAGGAGAAUAUAUUUACAUCUUGAGGAUUUUUGGUUCUUUUCCUGCUUUCCUUUUCGCCUACACUUCUGUUAUCCUGGUGAGACCAGCUGGUUUGGCAGCUGUCUGUCUGAGCUUCGCUGAAUACGCCGUUGCGCCGUUCUACGUGGGAUGCUCAUCUCCACAGGUUGUCAUCAAAUGUACAGCUGCUGCCUGCAUCCUGCUUUUGACGAUCAUCAACUGUCUUAACGUGAGGCUGGCGACGUCUGUUAUGAACAUCUUUACAGCUGCAAAGCUCUUGGCUUUGCUGGUGAUCGUGGUGGGCGGAGUGGUGCUGCUUGCCAAGGGACAAACUCGGAGUUUUCAAAAUGCUUUUGAAAACACGACUGCAGGUAUCGGGGCGGUUGGAGUGGCCUUUUACCAGGGACUGUGGUCCUAUGAUGGGUGGAACAACCUGAACUAUGUAACUGAGGAACUCAAGAAGCCUGAGGUGACCCUUCCCAGAGCUGUGAUGAUUGCCAUUCCUUUGGUUACGUGCCUGUAUUUGCUGGUAAACGUGAGCUACUUGGCAGCCAUGACUCCAUCUGAAGUGCUGUCUUCAGGAGCUGUGGCCGUCACCUGGGGGGACAAAGUCCUGGGCAGUUGGGCAUGGCUCAUCUCCCUGUCGGUGGCACUGUCUACGUUUGGGUCAUCGAACGGCACGUUCUUCAGCGGAGGCCGCGUGUGCUACAUUGCUGCAAGGGAAGGCCAUAUGCCAGACAUUCUGUCUAUGGCUCAUGUGCGAUGCCUCACGCCCUCCCCUGCGCUGCUGUUUACAUCUGCUAUGUCUUUAAUAAUGAUAAUAUCUGGAAGCUUCACCAGUAUCGUGAACUUUUUCAGUUUUAUAGCAUGGUUUUUCUAUGGCAUGACUAUUUCUGGUCUCCUGUAUUUAAAAAUCAAGAAACCAGAACUGCCAAGAUCUUACAAGGUCCCAAUUAUCAUCCCCAUAAUCGUGUUGAUGGCAGCUGUGUACCUGGUGUUAGCUCCCAUCAUUGACCAACCCCAAAUUGAGAUCCUGUACAUCGUCCUGUUCAUUUUCAGUGGCGUCAUCCUUUAUUUCCCACUGGUUCGCUACAAGUGCCACCCUCGCUUUUUACAGAAAGUCACUUUACAUCUCCAGUUGUUCCUGGAAGUUGCUCCGACCACCAGGGAUGCAAACUGAGAUAUCGUCCUCCUGGCAUAUGGCUGCCCGCCCCUCAUGGUUUAUCCCAGCACCUUGGUUUUCAAGGCUUAGAAAAUAUUUUUCUGUAAGGGAGAAUGAGUAGAAUGAAAGUGUCCCUAAAAUGUCUAGCUGAGAGGGACUACAGCCAUGACUCCUCAUGUUUCCUUAAAAUUCUGGGGACAUGUUUUUCUCAUUUUCAGCUCUGCCGUGGCAGAUUACAUACAGAUUCCAAAGGAAUAUGUGCUUUUGAAUUUUCCAUCCGAAGAAGAGCUGUUCCUCAAAAUCUUAGCUCUUAAAUUUCAAGGCAACCGUCAACAAAAGGCUGACAAUGAAAUAUUAUCCCUAUAGCACGCUGUGACCCUAAGCCAUUCUUGGCAAUGCCUUUAAUUAUUUCCACCUAGUUCUGCCCAUUGUGAUUGCAGAGCUUCUGAAAUAAAGAAAGCGUGGGCACACCAUGUUCAUGACAAAAAACCCCACCUUUUCCACUCAGUUGUUCACUCUGGGAGUGUGCUUUUCCCUUGCUCCUUCCAGUCCCAGGUGCACAAUCACAACAGUCCUUUCUCUGUCUCAGUACAUGGUUCCACCACAUUUCAGCCCAAAUUAUCCUACACCUCCUGCAGAAAAACUUCUGACGUGAGACGAGAAGUACUUUAAAGCUCUGUUUACUCAGUUGAGAAUGCACUUGUCAUCUGGGAUCCAUCCAUUCAUGAUGAGGACACAGGCAAUGUCACUUAAGUACUGACAGUCACCCAGUAUCCUUCCUGUAAUUCCCCCAAAGACAAAUAAUUUUGCUUGUGACAAAGUAAGCGAAAAAAAUAAUCUACAGCACAUGUGCCAGAAAGAUACUCUCUUUGUGAAUUAAAGAAGCCACAUACUGGGCUACGUCAGCAGAAGUGUGGCCAGCAGAUCAAGGAAAUACUCCGUCUCUUUGGACUCAACAGUAGUGAAGACACCUGAAAUACUGUGUCCAGUAUUCAAGAGGGAGUUCAAGAGGGAGUUGUGCUGUUCAAGAGGGAGUUGUGAAGACAACAGAGCCAGGCUCUUGUUGAGGGCGGCAACUAGGGGCAACAGGCACAAAUUGUGGCUUGAGAUGUUCGGGCUGGACUUCAGGAAAAUGUCUUCUCCAUGAGGGCAGUGCAGCGUUGGAGCAGUGUGCAGGAAGGUGGUGAGAUCUCAGCUCUUGUACAUGUUCCACCACAGCCAUUUCCACUAAUUUCCAUGAUUCUAAAGGCACAGCACAAAAAAAGUCAUGGGCUGUGCUCUGCCCACACCUGACACACUGCAGUCGCUGUUGUUUCCCAUUACCUUGAGGCUCAACCCUUUUCCUCUUGUUCUAGGGGAAAAAGAAACAUUGUAUGCUGGUUUCUUUCCAUUUGUCCAGAUUGUUCCUGGAUUAGUCAUAGGCUAAAAAGGUCUAGGUGUUAGUCCCAAAAAUGUCUUGUUGUGUCUCAAAGUACUGAGUGUUACUCAGGUCAACUUUCUGUCAGCAUUUCUUCUGCAGAUCUGUACCUAACACUGCGUUCCUGGAACAGGGUCACUUGAUCCUCCAGACCUCUUCCAGCCCAUCUCAGAGCCAUGUUUCUGAUUACAAUCUCAUUCUGUAAUGCCGCCCCUCCAGUUCCUAUGAGGGACGAUACCAGCAGCUACAGAGAAAGACAAGAGUCUUUUCUAAGUGUUAGGUAUGAUAAAGGUAUGAUAAUGGGACCGGCUGUUGCUGCUCAUCUUCUAAAUCCUUAGCUUAAACAGUGUUUAGGAGAAUUUCUUUCCACUGCUUUUUACUGGAGUUGUCAACAAAGGCCAAUGAAGGAACAGUUUGCCCCCUUAAUCCUAUGACUAGGCAAAAUUUUUGGGAUGCCACCUUGUCUUCCCUGAUGGUGAGGGUAUACUUAAAGGACUGAUGAGCUCAGGAGCUCUAGGUUAACUUCCCACCGCUGCCCUAGGCACUGCCUGGGCUCUUCAUCUGUUGUCAGGCAAGCUUCUUAAAGGAGCUACAUCUCAGCUACUUAUCUAAAAAUGAGGCUAAUAUUAUGUCUGAUUAUAUUUUUUUGGGAACAGUCUCUGUUUCCUACAUGUAUUUAUGGAGCCUACCACAUGGAACUGUGCUCUUUUGGCGAUCUACAGUCCAUAUCCAAAAAGUGGGAAUUUAAGGCUUAUUUCAAGGUUAGACAUGUGCAAUACUUGUGGCUUAAGCUACCUAUCCCUGUGUACCUAAGUACAAUCUGGGUAGGUAUUGUGUGCCCUUAAUUCUUGUAGAGCAGGAGUUAUUGCCACUGUUUUAUAUUAUGGGUGUAGUACACUACAGAUGAUGAGGAGAUGAAAGGAUUAAGUGGCUUGAUCAAAGUCACCCAGGAAAUGUGUGGAAAAUGUGACUGUUUCUUCCAAGGUGGAGUCAAGCAUCUUAUCAUGUAGUCCAUCCUUUCUCCCUGUGCACCUCUGACAUAUGAGCAAUAACAAUGAACACAAAAAGACUUAACACUUUGCAUAAGUAGCCUUUAUAUGUUAUUCGUUUGUGUAUGGAUACAGGGGAGCUGAAAAGCUGCAAGUAUCAUAAAUUGCACCCAUCUCAUUUUCCAUAGAUAUUGUAACAAGAUGUUCUUUUUAUUUAUGUUGCCUAGGGUUUGCAUGCGCAAGUGUUCAU